CUCAGAGCUCAAACUCUUGAGCGAGCUCUUAACCAACUGAGCCACUCAGCUGGCCCCAUCUCAUAUUUCUUAACUUCCUGAUGCAUUCUUCAUGUCAGCAAAUAGAUUGGUUUCUUCCUAAAUAGGCAAGAAUAGCUUCAACUUCGUCUUAUUAAAUCUUUAUCAUGUGAAGUAUUCACUGAAUGCAUUAAAACAUGUAAAUUACAACACUUUUUAAAAUGGUGCUUGUUAGAAUUAAAACAAUGAAGGAAAAGAGAAAACCCAGAAACAUACCCAGGAACAUUUAAACCCUUGAUAUCUAAUAAAGCACCAAAAAUGAAUAAGGUGUUGAUUUUUCCAUAGAGGUUUUAGGUAAAUUGGCUCUCUGGAAAAUAGUUUUAAAUUAAAACAACAUUAAGUUACACUGUAUAUACACUGUAUAUACACUGUAAAUUUUAGGUGAAUUAAAUAAUACUGAGGGUGCCAAAAAAUGUACACAUUUAAGAGAUGUUAUCUGUGUGUUGCUUUCCGAAGUUGAAUUGGAUUACCUAGCAAUAUGUAGUAUGAUGUUCGCUCAAAAGAUGGCAUUAAUAAAACUGACUGCUAGUGUCAUUCAUGGUAUUACAGUUUUUUUCCUUUCUUAAAAUGUGUAUAUAUGUUUUUGGCACUCUUUGUAUAAUUAUUUCAUUCAACAAUUAUCUGUUGAAUACCUGCUAUGUGCUAGACUCUGGGGUUAUAAUGGUACACAAGACCUGCUCUCUUCACUUAAAGCCCUCAGAGACAAUGUAGGAAGAAAGACAAAUGAAGGAGAAAAUAGGCCAAAAUUGAAGUGAGGCAAUGGGAGACUUCAAGGAGGAUCUGAUGUUAUUCUGGGAAAGAGUAAGGGCAUGCACAGGUGAAGGAAAGCUUUCCAGCAAGGAGAAAGGUGUAUUAAGACUAAACUACACAACAUAUUUUACUUUCUGAAAGUUGCAAGUUCAGUAAGGCAGCUAUUGACAUGUUAUACAAAAAUGCAGACAGAGAAAAACAGGUACAGUUUCAAUGUAUCUCCAAUAUGUCCUUAUAUUCUAGAGGGCAGAGGGGAAUGUUAUACUGACCACUAGUAUGAGAAGAAAAAUAUAAAAAUAAAUGACAUUAGCAGGCAAAAUUAUUUAACAUUGUUACUGUGGUGAGUGUUUAUAGUACAAGUUGUGCUUAUCUUUUCAGAAUCAUCAGUAUCUGGGGAGAAAAAGAAUGUUAAGGAAAAGCAAACUAUUAAUUUUUAAAUACUUUCUUACUCUCAUUAAUGGAGCUUUCUUGGUUCUUGGACUUUUACUCAUGGGAUUUGUUGCAUGGCUUUUAUUAGAUAGAAAUAAUUUUAUCACUGCUGUAGAUGAAAAUAAUCACUUGAUAGUAUAUAUUUUUCGAAUUUUCAUUGGAACUGGAUCGGCUGUUGUUCUUCUUUGUCUCUUGGGUUAUUUGGGAAUUCACAGUGAAAUCAGAUGUCUCCUAAUUCUGUAUGCAGUGCUAUUAAUGUGUGCCUUUGGUGUUCAGGUCAUUCUUUCAGCACUCAUCUUCAUAAAGAAAGAGGAGGUUCAACAAAUAUGGCAUGAUGAAAUUGACUUAGUCAUUUCUCAGUAUGGAUCUAAAGACAUGCCUGAAGACAUUCCAAAGUGGACUAUUCUGAAUACUUUACAGAAAACAUUGCAGUGUUGUGGCCAACACAAUUACACUGAUUGGAUAAAGAAUAAGAAUAAAGAAAAUUCAGAACAGGUGCCGUGUUCUUGCACGAAUUCUACAUUGAAAAAGUGGUUUUGUGAUGAGCCACUGAAUGCAACUUACCUGGAGGGUUGUGAAAACAAAAUCAACACAUGGUAUCAAGUUAAUGCUUUAACAUUAAUUGGAAUUAACGUUGGACUUUUGGUAACAGAGGUUUUGCAAACCUCAUUAACUGUUUCUUUCUACAGACACAUCAAGAAUAGAAUAUAUGCAGAAAUGUGAUCUUUGGACAUUAAUUUGUACAGAAGAUUUGAGUUAAUUUUCAAAAUAACCAUUUUGUAUUAUUCUAAAAAAUUUAUGAAUUACAUUAAUGAAGUGUAGGACUUAAUGAGGUCAUUGGUUAAAGGUAACCUAAAAUUAUUGAAAUGAUAAUAAAUCAUUCCAUGAAUUAUUUAUUAAUUUUUGUUUUCUAAAAUAUCAAAAAUUACAAAAUAUCAACUUUACCUUGAAUUAUUUUCUGAAUUCAGAGGAUAGCACCACAUAUAUUGAAUUCAAAAUGUGGUGAAGUACCAUUAUAUGUUUUGAGUUUCCUUUCUUUUUUUUUUUUUUUUUUUAGCUGGCCAUCCUGCCACCUGUUGGCAGCUCAGCAGCACCUC